AUGAACCCUUGCCAGCUUUUUGCAUCUUUGGUGAUGUCUAUGUGCUGUAACAUACUGUCGACAACGGCAUGGUCGGUGAAUAACUUCUUGAUGACAGGACCCAAGGCUUACCUUACAUACACAAGCAGUGUGCAAGCAGGCGCACAGGGCGGUAUUGAUGAGUGCAAACAUCAGUUUGCAUGGGACAGGUGGAACUGCCCGGAAAGCGCACUGCAGUUAUCCACACAUAACGGUCUGCGAAGUGCCACCAGAGAGACCGCUUUUGUGCGUGCCAUAAGUGCUGCAGGAGUUAUGUACACUUUGACGAAGAACUGCAGCAUGGGGGACUUUGAGAACUGUGGCUGUGAUGACUCCAAGAUAGGCAAAAUGGGUGGCCGUGGUUGGGUUUGGGGAGGCUGCAGUGACAAUGUUGACUUUGGAGAAAGAAUCGCCAAGCAGUUUGUGGAUGCGCUGGAAAAUGGUCACGACUCUCGCGCUGCGGUCAACCUGCACAACAACGAGGCUGGUCGACUCGCUGUCAAGGCAACACUCAAAAGGACCUGCAAGUGCCACGGUGUGUCUGGAAGCUGCAGUAUUCAGACAUGUUGGAUGCAACUGGCCGACUUCAGGGAUAUCGGCAGCUAUCUGAAAAUCAAGCAUGACCAAGCAAAGAAGCUCGAGAUGGACAAAAUACGCAUGAGGGCUGGCAACAGUGCCGACAAUCGUGGCGCAAUCACGGACACGUUCAGCACAGUUGCGCGCACAGAACUCGUUUAUAUGGAAGAUUCUCCAGACUACUGUGUGAAAAACCUCAGCAUGGGACUGCAUGGAACAGAAGGAAGGGAAUGCCUACAAAGCGGGAAGAAUCUUUCUCAGUGGGAGAAGAGAAGCUGUAAGAGACUCUGCCACGAAUGUGGCCUGAAAGUUGAAGAGAGGAGGAUAGAGACCGUGAACAGCUGCAACUGCAAAUUCCACUGGUGUUGCACUGUCAAAUGCGACACAUGUACUCAGACUGUAACCAAGUAUUUUUGCGCAAAAAGGAAUAAAACCCGUCGGCCGCACCACAAUUCACGCAGAAGACACCAUACGCGUAAUAAAUGA